AUGAGUAUCUCGGGGCUCAGCAUCUUCUUGUCGAGGAGUAGCACUUUGAUCAGUCUUCUCACCACUAGGUCGAAGAGAAGGAGAUGUGAUACAGGAAGAGGAGGAGAACCCAUCGAUCAAGAUGGAGGAGAUGAUCGAGGAGAGCGAUCAGUUCGAGCCCUUGACUUUUCCCUCCAAGGAGAAGAGCUGUUGCGAGCUGGUCUCUCUCUCUUUUUGCAAAUCAAGUCAGCGAUUGGCUUGCUGCUCAGUCCAUCACGGGCUGAAGUCCCGUGUGGUUUGGGAGGAAGCGGUUUCGUGGACCAUUUUGAUGGAAGCACUUCGGAAAGGCUCUCAAUUGAAGCAAUGGUAUGCCGAGAAGUAACCAACUUUCUUCGACGAACUUCUUACGCUAAGAAGCUCGUUCAAUUCGGGAACUCCAAUUAUAGCAAUUUCAAGAGCGGCCAAGUACCGAACGAGUGCCUUGGGAAGAGGAAAGGUCAGUCCGUAUACCGCGAGGUGAAUGAGAAGUCGGGAUUAAAGGUGGUUAGAUUAAAGGGCCUUUGGGCUGGAAGGGGAAAGCCCAGGAAGCUCGAAGUCAAUUCAAAUUCGAACGUUUGA